UCUCUCCCGGUUUAGGUGGAAAAUGUCCGCUUAAUUGAUGGAGCGUCUUCCAAACGGGCGGCGUUAGGAACUCUGUAUCUAACUGCUACUCAUGUAAUCUUUGUGGAAAACGAAUCUGAUGCUCGUAAAGAGACAUGGGUUCUUCACAGUCAAAUCUCCUCUAUUGAGAAGCAAGCUACGGCUGCUACUGGUUGCCCUUUGCUGAUUCGCUGCAAGAACUUCCAGAACAUUCAGUUUAUUAUGCCUCAGGAAAGGGACUGUCAUGAUGUUUACAUAUCUCUAAUACGUCUGGCCCGCCCAGUGAAAUAUGAAGAAUUGUACUGUUUUUCUUUCAACCCCAAAUUAAACAAAGAAGAACGAGAACAAGGCUGGAAGUUGAUCAACCUAAAAGAAGAAUAUCAUCGGAUGGGGGUCCCAAAUAAUGAUUGGCAGCUCAGUGAUGUCAACAGAGAUUACCGAGUAUGUGACUCAUACCCCACUGAAGUGUAUGUGCCCAAAUCUGCCACUGCCCAUAUCAUUGUGGGAAGCUCUAAAUUCCGGAGUAGGAGGCGUUUCCCAGCACUCUCCUACUACUACAAGACCAAUAAUCUCAAUGCAAUGGCAAACAGAGCAGCUGGGAAGGGCUACGAAAAUGAAGACAAUUACUCCAACAUCAAGUUUCAGUUCAUCGGCAUUGAGAAUAUCCAUGUCAUGAGGAGCAGUCUCCAAAAAAUGCUAGAAGUUUGUGAGUUGAGAUCUCCUUCAAUGAAUGACUUCCUCUGGGGACUGGAGAAUUCAGGCUGGCUAAAGCACAUCAAAGCCAUCAUGGACGCUGGCAUCUUCAUUGCAAAGGCCGUAGCGGAAGAAGGAGUGAGUGUUCUCGUUCACUGUUCUGAUGGAUGGGACCGGACCUCUCAGGUUUGCUCUAUCGCAAGCCUUUUGCUUGAUCCGUUUUAUAGAACUAUGAAGGGAUUUAUGGUAUUAAUUGAUAAGGAUUGGGUUUCAUUUGGUCAUAAAUUUAACCACAGGUAUGGCAACUUAGACGGCGACCCAAAGGAGAUCUCUCCAGUUAUCGACCAGUUCAUCGAAUGUGUGUGGCAACUGAUGGAACAAUUUCCUUGUGCCUUUGAAUUCAACGAAAGGUUCCUCGUCCACAUACAGCACCACAUCUAUUCCUGCCAGUUUGGGAAUUUUCUGUGCAACAAUCAGAAGGAGAGGCGAGAGCUGAAGAUUCAAGAACGGACGUAUUCACUUUGGGCUCAUUUGUGGAAGAACCGUGCUGAUUAUAUGAAUCCUCUGUAUAGGGAAGACUAUAACAGGACCUUGAAUCCACAGUCGGCUCCUUGGCAGUUUGUUUAUAAGUUCUGGAGUGGAAUGUACAACCGUUUUGAAAAAGGUCUGCAUCCUCGGCAAUCUGUGACAGAAUACCUUAUGGCGGUAAAGGAAGAAACACAGCAAUUAGAAGAAGAGCUGGUUGUCUUAGAAGAGAGACUGGCAAAGCUUACAAAAGUGCGAUUAGAUAAUGGUGAGACGACACAGCAACAAAAUGGAAUCAACGCGUUACAACUUUCUACCUCUAACGACAGCAUAGCUAACACGCCCCAGGAUUACAUUGGUAAUCUGAAGUCAUUUCCCUCUCGGAGUACUUCUCAGGGAGAUGAAGAAGAUUCAGCUCUGAUUCUUACACAAGAUAAUGUGAAAAGCUCGGAUCCAGAUCUUUCAGCCAACAGUGAUCAGGAAUCAGGUGUGGAGGAUAUGAGCUGCCGGUCCCCAAGUGGAGGAAGUUGUUUGCCCAGUGAAGAUAGCGCCAAAGAUCGUGAUUCAGAUGACGCUGUUUGUCUCACUGUCUGA